GCGCCGCGCCGUCGACGAUGGACACGAAGUCGAAGCUCGACACGCUGUGGAAGAAGGGCGUCGGCGAGAUGAAGAACCUCGCGUCGAAGGCGGACCAGGCGGCGACGCGCCUCGCCGAGCGGUCCGCGGCGACGGCGCCGGUUUCGGUGCCGGGCGAGCACCAGCGGGGCGACGCGUCCGGCGCCGAGGACAUCUCGCGCGAGGACCUGCUGCAGCUGACGAUGAAGCUGUCGAAGCGCUUGAAGAGCAGCGAGAGCUCGAACGCGGCGCUGACAAAGGAGGCGCGGCGAUUCAUGCUCGAGCGCGACGCGUUGCGCAAGGCGGUGUCGGCCGAGGUCCUGGGCCGGCCCGGCGCGCUCGAGGACGUGCCCCUGCGCGAGGGCGCCGGGAGCUCGAGCGAGCCGAGCGCGGCGCUCCUCGACGCGCUCCGCGCGCGCGCCGCCGGCGGAACCGGCGGCGACGGCGCGCCCGACGGCGCGACGGCGACGCUGAAGACGGCGCUGGAGGCCGCGCUCGCGGGCCGCGACGGCCUCGCGACGAAGCUGCGCGCCGCCGAGGCGAGCCUGGCCGAGAGCCGCCGGAGCUUCGAGGACCAGGUCGUCGCGCUUCGUUUACAACUCAAAUCCGCGGCCUCCGGCAAGGCGUCCGCGGAGACGCUCGCGGAGCUCGCGGCCAAGGACGCGACCAUCGCCGAGCUCGCCGCGGCCCGCGACACGUUGACGGACGCCAAGGCGACGCUCGCCGCGGCGCUCGCCGAGGAGCGCGCGCUCGCGGAGCGCGUCGCCGGCGAGAAACAGCGCGCGGACAACCGCCACGCGACGCGCACCGCGAAGCUCGCCGCGGCGGAGAAGGAGCGCGACGACGCCCUGCGGCGCUUCGGCGCCCUCGAGGGCGAGGCCGCGGCGCUCCGCGCGGCCGCGGCGGCCGCGGACGGCGCGCGCGCCGCGGCCGCGCGCGACGCGGCGACCGCGGCCGCGGCCGCGGCCGCGGCGGCCUGCGCCGAGGCCGCGGCGGCGUCGGCGACGAGCGCCCUGCACACGACGACCGUCGCCCUCGGCGCCGUCGCGCGCGCCGAGGCCGCGGCGAAGGCCUCGAGAGACGUGGCCGACGCGCGGAGCAAGGCCGAGUCGGACCACGCGAAGCGGUCCUCGCUGGCCCGGUCCAUCAUGGCGGAGAAGGACGCCAAGCUGCGGGACCUGGCGGCGACCGUCGCGCGGCUCGAGGCGGACCUGUCCUGCGGCGGCCACGAGAACCGCGCGUUCGCGAACCGCCAGGCCGCGCGCGAGGGCGCGCACGCGGUCGACCUCGAGGCGGCCAAGCCGCCCGCGCUGACGCCGCCGCCCGCCGCGGAGCACCCCGCGACGACGGAGACGCCGGCGCCGCCGCCCGCCGCGGACGAGGCGCCGGCGGCCGCGGACGCUCCGCCGCCGGCCGUCGCGGCGGCGGACGAGGCGCCCCCGGCGGCGCGCGACGCGGCGCCCGACGCGGCCCGCGCCGCGGCGCCGGACGAGGCCGCGCCCGCGGAGGCCGUCGGCGCGAUGGCCGCGGGGCUCUGCUCGCUCGCGCGGCCGCAGACCGCGGAUCGGCCUCGGACCGUGGAGUCCGAGAUCUCGAGCGAGCCGCGGAUGCUGGAGAUCGCGGGCGCCAACGGCGCGAUCGUGCGCGCGCGGCCCGACCUCAAAUCGGACGUCGUCGGCGAGCUCGACCAGGGCACGCCCGUCUUCUACACGGGCACGCGGACGCGCAUCGGCGAGCGCGUCCGCAUCGAGAUCGACGCGCCCCUGGAGGGCUGGGUGUCGCUCGCGCUCUGCGGACCGAGCCUCUCUGGCACCAACGCGCUCGUCGGCACGAUCCCGGCCGAGUUCGGCCAGCUCACGAACCUGGAAGGCCUGCAAAUUCCCUCCGCGUCCCCGACGCCCGGCGCGCCGCGCGACGUCACAUCGCAGCAAAAUUGCAAGCACAUCAUGUGGAGCCCGCUGUACCACAAGCAGUGGGGCUCCCACUGCUGCGUCGACGACGGGCUGAACGGCCGUGCAAACAGCUACUACGAGGUCUACGCGGUUCCCUCGGCCGAGGGCCUCUCGCCCACGCCCGCGCCCUCGUUUCUGGCGAACGAUUGGUGGAAGCAGCACUUCGCGGACGGGAAGAUCCCUUCGGGGACCAAUCUGGACGCGCCCGCCGGCUACGUCGCCAUCGAGGGCGCGGGGCCCUGCAUGUGCCGCAACCCCGGCUGGAACCUGGAUUCGUGCGGGAAGCUCUGCUGCCGCGGAUCUCCGUACACGGAUCCGGAUCCCAACGGGCAGUACUACAUCGGCAAGCACAAGAACGGCCGCAUCUGCUACAAGCCCGAGGGCGCGGAGUACAAAGACGGCGAUGGCGGCAACAGCAGCGGCACCGCGUCCCUCGCCAUCAUCAUCCCCGUCGUCGUCGCGGCCGUCCUCCUCCUCGCGGCCGUCCUCUUCCUCGUCCGCAAGCGCGUCGUCGCCGCGCGCCAGCACCGCCGCGAGAGCAUGCCUACCGUCGGCGACGACAAGGCCGAGGUCGAGGCCUGA